AUGUCAAGCCAAAUUUUAAAUUAUGGUCUGUUAAUUAACAAACGAGGAAUACAACUUGCAGAUUUGCCAAUAUGCAAAGUUGAAAUACAACCUAAAACCAUAGAAAAAUCUCGAAUAAAGUUGAUGUUUUCUACAAAGCAUGUAGAUUCGUUUUUAUUGAACAAUCAUAUUGAUCCUUCAGCAAUCAAUUUUGAAUAUGAUAAAUGGAUUUUCGAUACUGUUUUCAAUGAAAAUUUUUUACCAGAAAAUUUGCCAGUUUACAUGGAAAUUUUAUGCUCACAAGCAGAGUUGAUUUUCGAAAAUCAAAAAAUUAAACCAUCCAAUGAGUUAAAUAAUACAAUGGAACGGGCUCUGAAUCAUAAAUAUCCAUAUCAAGAAAUAAUGAAAGUAUUUAAAGACUAUGGAUAUUUUUUGCCUAAAAAGAUCAUUCUUGGUCAUAAAUUAUGUAAAAUGACUUAUUUGGCCGCAAGAGCAGAACCACGUUUUCUUAAAUCAGAAGUGACGGAUUUUAAUGACUUUGCAACACUUCAGCGUAACAGCGUUUUGAAUAAAUGGGAAGAUCUUCUAAAAUUACACAAUUUCGAUACUUCCUUUUUAACAUCAAUUAAUGGUGAGGACGUUACAAUAGACAAACUACAAGAAUGGGUGGUAUCUUGCUUAAAAGAUGAUCUUAAUUCAUUACAAAUCAUCAGUUGGGAAAAAUUAUGUCCAUUAUAUGAAAUAUUUGAUGAACCGCUUAAACAAAAAAUAAAGCUUAUACUAGGAUCUGAUGAUAUGUACUACACAAACCCUAUGAAUUUACAACAGGUGAAGGAAACGAAAGAACUUGGGGACACAAACCCUGUGGAGUUACAACAGGUGAAGGAGGCGAAAGAACUUGGGGUCAAAGAAAGAGUGCUUAUUGCAGGAGUAAUUCCAAUCAAUGGCUUAACUUACCUAUAUCGUGAAAAAUAUUCUGAUCAUCUGAAUUCCAGUAAUUAUAAAAUUUUUGGAAAACUUAUAACUCAAGAUGGUGAACAAAUCAAAUUUGAAAAUAAUUUGGAUAUUGAUUGGGUUACCCUCUGA